GUUGAUCAACAAGUUAUUGAAUGGAAUCCAAUAACUGACUGUGACAUAGAAGAUGACCAUGCUGAUAAAGACUGGACAGUUAUUAACACUGUUGGGUAUAGAAAACAAUCCAGUCGUGACCAAGAGAAAGUUACAGUCCAACAACCAACUAAGCGAAGUAAAUAUGCAAUGACCUUUGACCUUCAUGAGCUACGAAGUAUUAAACGUUCUAAGCCAUCACUGGGAUGGUCCUAUCUGUUGUUUGUCUUAAAAGAUGGUGUGACGUUACCAGCAUUACAUUUUCAUGAGGGAGGUAGUAAAGAUAUGAUGAGAUAUAUAGAAAGAUAUGUAUCUAUUACAAAAUCUACUGAUGAUCCAAGAUUAUUUAUUGUCACACAGCAUGACAGUAAUGCAUUGUCUAAAUCCAUCAAUGAACUCCAUAUAUUUGGAGAGUCGUCAGCUGGAUAUGUAUCUAAAUUUAUCAAAGAUCCCUAUUCUGCUACCAUGGGAGGUUUUUCUAAAGUUACAAACUUUUUAAAGGACUCCCUGUUAAUGCCAGCAGCACAACAACGACCGGUAGAUGAGAUAGCAGAGUUGAUGACUGACCUGCCUAGAGUUGAUAUCAACCGACAAAAGGAACCAGGAUAUGAACUUAUAACCAGGAGUGAACUUGGUCCUCGACAUGAUGUUAAAAGACAAGAUCCAGUAAUUCCUGAAGAGUGGCAGACUCAUCUUGAUAGUGAUGGCCGGGUAAUGAGAAAAGAUUUACUAAUAGAGAAAAUAUAUCAUGGGGGUCUGUAUCAUUCCAUCAGAAAAGAUGUUUGGAAGUUUUUGUUGAAUUAUUAUGACUGGAGUUCAACGAAGAAAGAAAGGCAGGACCUUAGAAAAGUGAAAGA